AUGGCCCCCGUAAUGGAUUUAAGACAGGAAGAAAAGGAAUUGCGAGCAGGUCUUCGGCGGAGGUACUUGCGGCAGCGACUUGCGCGGAUCGAUACGUCUCAGAGAGAUCCCCGACGUGACCUCUCCGUGGUUACCGAUGGAGGCAAUGUUCGCAGGCAAGGAGAUGGUGAAGAGGAUGGGGACGACAGCGACGAGGAGGAGGCAGGGAAAGCUCGCCAGGGCACCAAGAACAAGCAGGGCAAGGGCGGUGAUGACAGCGAUGAUGACCACGACGAGGAUCAUGAACACAAGCAGCCUGUGGCGACACUCGCUCUCCCUGCUCCGGCACCGACCGUACCGUCGUUUCCACCCCUGCAGCUGGUCCCCCCACCUACAUCGACCUCGAUAGCUCUACCGAGCCCUACAUCGCCUGCGAGUCCACCGACCCCGACCUUCCCAGUCUUCUCAUCGCCACCUCCGGCCGUUAUUACUAUGCCGCCGACCACUGUUGUGAAAACGUCCACAGUUCUGGCCACACCAAAACCAUCCGCUAAUGCGCCCGUCGUCAACAACCCGCAACUCGGCCCUCCGCCACCUUCGACAACAACCUCCUCCAUCUCACUGAUGACUACUCAAUCCCUUCCGCUCGUAUCGUCCAUCACGGUCAGCUCUCAGCCCCGGAAAGGAGUCGGAAAUCCAGAGACAUCCUCUUCGUCAUCUUCCUCGCCGACUUACUCCGAGUCUUACACUCAGACCACGCCUUUCGCUUUUGAGAAGAGCAGCCCUACGCCAACCGUCUCCCUCGAGGAUGUGAAGUACGGCAACGACGGCGGCCGAGACCAGGAUAGAGGGCCGCCUCCAGGGGCUUUGAGUCCCGCCGCUGAACACGCACUCAUCUCAGCUGGAUCAAUUGGUGGAUUCAUUAUCGUCUGUUUCAUUUGCUGGAUGGCAUGGCGCAUGGUCAAGAAGUCCAAGGCAAAGGAGAAUGGCUCUUACGGCAACCAACCACCACCAUCGAACCAGCUUCUCGCCAAGAUUCCAUACUUUGGUCGUGGCCAGCGUGGCUGGCAAGAAAUGGAUGAUGGGCCAAAUGAUUUCCGCAAUGCACCACCACAAUAUGAGAAGACUAACUCAAUGGGCCAAAUUUCGGAGAUUUACUCGAUGUACGACCCAAGAUCGCAAGCGCAGUCGAUGGCAAAGCAAGGGCCAAUGGUGCUGCCUCAGUUGCAAACCAACUUCUCCCCAUCAGGCACAUUCAACCCAUACUCCGCGACAUCUGGUUCCUUCCAGAACCCCCAAAGUGCCUCAAGCCCACUGCGCGCGCAGACAGUCUCGCCUCAGUCCCAAAUGAGCCAGCAGCAACUCGCAAACUUCCCCCCGCAACUUCGACCUGGCUUCUCUCCGGCCAGCAACUUUAACCCUUUCAUUUCAAACUCAUCUACAGACGCAUCCAAUUCGAUGAGUCCGAAUAGCACGCUCCAAUAUGGAGCCUUGCAGACGACUGGAACCAUGCAGAGCGUUGGAUCGACUCAAGCGACUGGUACAAUGCAGACCGUGGCAACGACCACUACAGAUCGGUCACGUAUGCAAGAUCCGUUCUUCAACCAGUCGGAGCUCGCUCGACAGCCUUCCGACGCCUACGACCCGAAUAGGCGACAGGUCUACCGCGCGUCCGAGCUGUCGUCCUUGUCCUCGGGCUUUGGUGACGAAGACAUCAUUAUUCCUCCUCCCGCCGCCGCGGGGCAGUCCAAUGCCCCAGGUAUGCCCCGUCUCAGCUACCAGCAGACGCCUAUUGCGAGCCGGAAGAACAGUGUCGCCAACGCUAGCGAGGCUGGUAUCAGCAAUCGCGACACAGUCUACACUACUACCAGCGAGGAUAUGCCGCCAAGAUUCAGGACCGUAAAUAGCUGGGUGAACCAGCAGACCGGGCGGAUUCGAAGGGCCGAGCAGAGAGCCAACGAAGACAUCCCGCCCGUGCCUUCGAUGCCCGCUGAGGAGAGAUACACAAUGAUGAUGGACGAUGAGGAGCCCAGGCGUCCAGAUGUGGCCCAGGUCCCGGUACCAGACCUGCCUGCGGCCGUCAAAGACACGAAGCCAUGA